AUGUCUGACAGCGGGGCAGCAAUCAGUGCGCUUUCCGGGGAGUUCAUUAAGGUGUCUUCCUCAGCGCCUCACGUCGCCCUCGUGGAGCUCUCGCGUUACUGGACGGAAUUCGGGCACGUUUUUGACAAGAUCUCACGAGAUCCCACCGUCCGUGCCGUCGUCCUCGCCUCUUCACUUCCGAAGGCCUUCUCUGCGGGACUCGAUCUGAAGGCACUUGGAAGCCUGGAGGCAUUUGCCAAGGAGCCUGAUAGGCAUGCACUACAGCUGAGAGACCAUAUCUCUUCCUUUCAGUGUUGCAUCUCUGCGGUGGAGCGUUGUUCAUAUCCUGUGAUCGCUGCCGUGCACGGUAUCGCACUCGGACUCUCGAUCGACAUCAUAUGCGCAUGCGACAUCCGAUACGCUGCAUCUGAUGCCAUGUUCUCCAUUAAGGAAGUCGACAUCGGUCUCGCAGCGGACAUUGGCACGCUCGCGCGCCUGCCGAAGAUCGCGGGAAACAUGAGCAUGGUACACGAGCUAGCAUACACCGCGCGCAACUUCUCUGCUGUCGAUGCGGAGAAGAUGGGCCUCGUCUCGCAGGUCGUGCAGGGAAGCCGAGAGGAGGUCGUCCGCUCUGCAGUGAAGCUCGCGACAGCAAUUGCGGGCAAAUCGCCCAUCGCGGUACUAGGCACGAAGCACUUGCUGUUGCACGCACGGGAUCAUACUGUGCAGCAGAAUCUGGACUACACGGCAACGUGGAACAGCAUCAUGGUGCAGACUGCGGAUAUGAAGGAAGCUCUCAGAGCCGUGAAAGCGAAGGAGAAGCCUCAUUAUCCCCCGCUGGCGAAGCUUCCCUCCAAGCUAUAA